UUUUAAAAAUAUUUUAGAUAUGUAUAACGAGAUUUAAAAGGUUUACGCUUGACAUACGAAAAAAAAACUGUCCACGAUUAAAAUUCGAAAGCUUUGGACGUUAAUAUAUAUUUAGUUGUUUGGGAAUUCGAUCGAGAUGUGCAUCUAGUGCAAUAUUUCCACCUCGUAUUCGAACCGGGGCCCUGAAAUACGUUUCGAAGCUUCCGGAUCGCUGCGAGCUUUUGACUAUUCCGAAGGCAUCGAAUCGGCCGUUGCUCAGUCGCGCUGGGGCCACCGAUAAAGCUGAAGCUAAACAAUGAUGUCGGUUCGUCUACUAAUUUUAAUAUAUAAUCACGUGUUUCGAUUUUUCAAAUAAACGACAUCAAUUCAUCUUCAUUUUUAAUUAUUUUUCAUUUAUAUUUGAUACUAAUGUCUUGACGUUCUAUUUAAUAUUAUUAUAUAAAUAAUAAAAUGCCGUGGAUAAAAUCUUGUUUGUGCCACCAAGAGAAGAAAAAAACUCCUCCGAUUAGUCCUCCAAUACAUUUGUUAUUGAAGAACGAAGAAAAUGGUGGUAGCCUUUCUCAAGGUCACGCUUUCAGAUGUAAAACCUUCAGGAAACCCAGACCAUGUCAUCUUUGUCAUCAACCAAUCCUCAACGAAGGUUCGUGCUGUAGAGUUUGCAAAUAUGUUUGUCACAAGGUCUGCGAGAGUAAGGAAGCAGCGCUACGUUACACAGACACGAGCUGGCACAUUUUCAAUCAAAGCCGUAAAGUAUCCCCGCAAAAAUCGAAUACAUACGAAAAAUCUGAAAAUUUAGACGACUCUACUCCCUUAUUGCCGACAGAUUCAUUUGAACCGUCAUCAAUAAUUAAAGAAACCCAACAAAAUUCAUUAGAAAAAUCGAAAGAAAUUAUUGAAGAUGUUAAUUCUUCGUGUAGUAGUCUUGUUUAUGAUCAAAUUCGAACGGAACAUGACGUGGAAGGGAGGGCUACAACCGUGGAAGUAGCAUAUGAACAAGUGAAGAAUCAAGCUGAUAUUGUUUUGCAUGCUCACGAGGAAUCGAUGAAAACCGGCCAUGAGGUGAAUAAAAUGCUCCGAUCCACAUCGUGCAAUGGUUUCGGCGAGGCCCUCACGAGUCAACCGAGAUCAACGCGUGGAGGUGCGUCUACCAUGGAUCUCGGUUACGUUACCGAGAGGAUCAUCUCCAUGUGGUUCCCCUCAACGGCGACAUCUCGUUCUUAUAGACAAGGACAACAGCAGGUCGCUCAUAUGUUGAAAAACAAACAUGGAGAUAAUUAUAUGGUUUUUAAUUUAUCGGAACCGAAACGUUCGUUGAGGAACGAACAUAAAAACGUCAAAGAAGUCGGUUGGGCUCCGAAUUUGGCGCCACCUCUGGAGAAGUUGUGUAGUAUGUGUAAAGAAAUCGAUUCUUGGCUUUCGGGAGAUAAACACAGAAUUGCGGUUUUGCAUUCUAGGGGUAAUAAAGAUAAAUUAGGGGUAAUCGUUUCGGCUUACAUGCAUUAUUCUAGUAUUUGCGGUAACGCCGAACAAGCAUUAGAUCGAUUUUCAAUGAGAAAAUUCUUAGACGACACCGUCGGACCUCUAAUACUACCGUCUAAUAAAAGGUACGUGGACUAUUUCUCUGGAUUACUUUCCCAUAACAUCAAAAUCAAUGCGGCUCCCAUGUACCUUACGCACGUCACUGUUCUCGGAGCCCCGUCUUUUUGUCGCGGUGGUUGUAAGGCGUUUUUGAAAUUAUACGAGGGUCAUACGCCGAUUUAUACGUCGGGUGUUUAUUUCAUAUCGAGCGGAGUGAGUCAAUUCACGGUGAACGUUUCCGGUGAAGGACGAAGGGGAUUACAACUAAGAGGCGAUAUUUUGAUCAAAUGUUACCAUCGAAGCGAUACCGGUCGGGAAAUUAUUUUCGCUUGUCAAUUCCACACGUGCGCAGUCUCAGAUCAUACUUUGAGUUUCACUAGACAAGAAUUAGACGGUGCUUGUAACGAUCCUAGAUUUCCUUUGGAUGGGGCAGUGGAGCUUCAUUUUUCCCCCGGUCCUGAAGGUAGACAUCCAGUACCGGCUCCUACACCUGCGGUACCUUUCACUCUAGCAGAUGAUCCAGUUACGAGGGCCGAUAGUCCGUUACUGAUCGAAGAUUAUGAUGAUUCUGAAGAAUAUGACGAAGACGACGUUAACCAUACUUUUGGACCACUAGACGGAAGUAUAUACGCCACGAUUGCAAAAAAACCGGAAUUGUCUCCGGGCGCUGUUUCUAGUCCAUUGACAGUGUCGAUGGACAGUGGCAUUUCUUCAGCAGGACAUCAUCCACAAAACGCCAACACCACCGCCUCUUCUGGUAGUCCCCCACCAACCGCCCAAACUUCCCCGCUCACUCCCGAAGAUCAACAUCGCGAACUCGACGAACUCCUCAGCGACAUGAUGCUGACUGUCCAGUCGAUUCCGGACUUGAAAACGUCGCCGAGCUUGACCAAUAACGGUCGAGAAGACGAAUUUAGAUUUAUCGACGACGAAGACGAGAAAAGCAUCCCUUAUCACGCGCGCCAAUCCAGCCAGCCCUUUAGUUACGGAAUCAAUGCCAACAUGAUCAGCGAAUCUAAAAGGCUCGCUAGCCCUUCGUUAGUACGUAAAGUUAGCGGAAAAGGUAACGAAAAUAUUUACAAAAGUUCCAUCGGUAGUGAAAUCACUUAUAAAAGUUCACCAGUAAGUGAAAUUACUUAUAAAAGUUCACCAGGAAGUGACAGCACUUAUAAAAGUUCCAUGAGCAGCGAUGGAACGCUACGAAAAGUCCAAGCGCAAGUUUAUCCCGAAUUCGGUACGAAAAUAAAUAAUUACCCGAAAAGCGACAAUAUUUUCCACUCGAAUUCAACCCUCCAAUCCAUAAAAAGCGAUUUUAGGGAGGAGUAUUACAGAGAAGAUGUCAGGAGAUAUGAUCCUUUGAAGAGGAGUUUAACCGAAGGAACGAUAAGGAGAAGUCCUGAAAAGAUUUAUAAACAUUCACAAUCUGUCGUUACAAGUCCUUAUUCGGAUACGGAAAGUCUGUCACCGCCCGGAGCUUUUAGAAACAACACCAAGUCACCGGAAUUUCACGAAACAUAUACCAACGGUACAAAUUUAACAUGGUUGCAACGUCAACAACAAAAACUCAAAGAACGUCGAGAAAUUAUCCUGAAGGAGGAACGGCAACCGCACGAAACUAGGCUUUUGUCGGAAUUAAGGAGCGUACAGUCGAGGCAUAUGCGUCCUACAGCGAGUCACCGCCUCGACGGUUAUACUAGCGAUACGACAGCUUUUGCUGAUGACGACGAAGAUUACACGAUACCUCUGCAUAUAAAUACGAUGUCGAAAAAUGGCAGUACCACCCCUGGUUCGACGAGUAAUUACAGUACUUUGAAAUCCACUUACAGUACUACCUUAAAAAAUGAAAGACCUUUUGUUAGCGUGAAAAAAGCUCAUGAAAGGUAUACGCAGAACGGCACACAGACCCCUGCGCAAAUACUGGCGGCUAACCCUCUGGGUGAAAUAAUCCGCCCUUCGUCGAGGAACGCGGAUCAACUAGACAACGGUUUAUUAUCGUUAGCCGAAAAACAACAAUACAAAAACUACAAUCAACAACAACAACAUACGGUGGGUAUCGAAAUAGCAACCGAUAAUUCGCCGUCAACGGAAAAUAGAUUAUCUAUACCUAGAGACGGCGGUAGGUCGUCCACCGCCGAUCAUCGGGGAUUGUUCGUCGGACAAUCUUCGGAUGAUAGAGUGGGAGGCGUACCGUCUUUGGAUGGUGAUAGACUCGAAGCGCUCAAUGAUUUGAUUGCUAACUUAUCGAACGGUUCUGACAAAUCUAACGACAGUCCUAAUAACAUUGCAUCGGCAUGGCAGUAUCAACGUGAAGAAUCCAUACAAUCUUGGAGAUCGCAAAUCGGAACCGAACCUGAUUCCAGUCCGUCGCACAAUUCAUCUCCCAGACCGCAAACUCCUGCAUUUCCGGUUCACGCCAGAACUCCGUACACGAACGCGUCAACUCCCACCGUACAAUUCGACAUACCUUCCGAACGACUACCACCAAAAAGUCCUACUACCCAACGAAGAUUGAGUUACCCAUCUUCAACUUUUAAAAACAAUGUGAAGUGGUCCCUUUCUCCAGAAAGAAAGGACCGACCGACUUCCCCGUCCGAUAUAACAAACACCGAAUACUCCCACACAAUAACCAAUCGCAGUAUAUCCGCGACCCCCACCUCAGGUUUCAGGGAAGAUUAUCAACACAGCCCCAAAAGUCCAACUUACAACGGUUCCUCCUCCCCCACCGUAUAUUACGGCACGACGUCGAGACGGAGUUCCACGACAUCUAACAACGAAUCCACUCACGAAGUUUCCGCGGCGAACGUUAAAUUCGUCAGAGAUACUUCGAAAUUUUGGUACAAACCUUCCAUCACGAGAGAACAAGCUAUUUUGAUGCUACGUGAUCAACAACCCGGUACGUUCGUAGUGAGAGAUUCUAAUUCCUUUCCAGGAGCGUUCGGUUUAGCUUUGAAAGUGGCUACUAUUCCAUCGAACAUACAAAAUAAAAGCGGUUCGUCCGAUGAUUUAAUUCGACAUUUUCUCAUCGAACCUACGACUAGAGGUGUACGAUUGAAAGGAUGUCAAAACGAACCGGUUUUUAGUUCGUUAUCCGCUUUAAUAUAUCAACAUUCUAUCACGCAGAUGGCGCUACCUUGUAGAUUGGUACUACCACAAGACGACUUGAGAUAUUCUGAUCAAAACGGCGUUCAACAACAAUCCCUAUUUACUCAAGGAGCGGCUUGUAACGUGUUAUAUUUAUCAACAAUCGAAAUGGAAUCCUUAACAGGACCUCAGGCUAUUAAGAAAGCGGUGAUGCAGUUGUUCCAGAAGAAUCCGCUUCCGGAAACGGCGGUGGUGCAUUUUAAAGUUAGCGACCAAGGGGUUACUUUGACUGAUAAUAAAAGGAAAUUGUUCUUCAGGAAACAUUAUCCCGUUAAUAUGGUGUCUUAUUGCGGAUUAGAUCCCGACGAACAUCGGUGGUUGGUUAACUCCGAGGAUACGGGAGCUGCCAAAAGUUCCAAUCGAAUAUUCGGAUUCGUCGCCAGGAAGCAAAACGUCAACAAUCCCGAUAACCAGUGCCAUCUAUUCGCGGAAUUAGAACCCGAACAACCCGCGACGGCCAUUGUUAACUUCUUGAAUAAAGUUCUGACAUCCAGCGGCAUUAAACCGAAUAUUAUUUAAAAAAAACAUCACAUGUUUCGUCAUCUCACAAAAAAAUUGAUUCCCGAGAUGUCACAAAGAAGAGAAGAAAAAUAAUAAUAAAACGCCUAGUCCCUUUUUAUUAAUAUAAUAUAUAUGAACUUUAUAUUAUAUAAGAUUUAUUUUUAUUUACAGUAUGUAUAUAUUUAAAAAAAACUAAAAGCGUGCCUCAAAUUUUUUUAAUCGAGUUUAACAUAGAAAUAAUUACAUAGACUAAAAAAUUUAUCCAUUUUUCUAUGGUAAACUUAUUAUCAUUUCAUUUAUUUUCGUAUCCGGUGAAGUGCUUAAAAUAUUUGAAAUAUUAGCAACGUUCACGCCAAACAUUUUAUCAAAUAAAAAAAAAAAACGAUUCUACUGAACCUGAAGUUUUUGUUAUGAAAAAUUAACAAAAAUCCUUUAAUUUUCGUUGAUUCAUACUAAGGUAUCAGUAGAGUGCCUGUAACCAUUACCCACUCAACAAUCUCGUUAUUCGUUACCCGUAACCGAAACAACUCGACCUCUUAACUCGAAUAGAGACAUAAUGAAAUAUAAAAAUUCCGCGCGCCAUCUACCGAUAACGUAAGCUUUCAACUAUAGAUACCUCCUAUAUGUGGAGAUGAGAAUGUUGACUUACACUCGCGGAUAUUUUUAAAUUAAAAUAAAUCGUUCUAAUUAUUGUUGUUGGGUUCUUAUAUUUUAUUUUGAUAUUGAAAUUUUAGUAAAACGAUUUACCUAAUUCGUAAAGUUUCGAUUGAUUCAUUAAUAAUAUGAAUUGAAUCCCACCUCUACUUGAACGAGUAACAGUGCCACCAUUACCUCACAGCAGAAUCGCUCCUACACUGGUUGUUAAACCAAAUAAUUGUAGUCGAUGACUGAGUACACUAACGCGUUCGUUUAAUCUCUUAGAAGAUUGGGGGUAUUAGAGAUCGCGAGAAUUGUUUUAUUAAAAUUUUACUAAAUCAUUUUCAUUUGCUUUUUUUUAAUACAGCUUAUAGAGGUUUUUUUCACUAAAUAUUUUAAUAAAUAAAAAACAAAUUCGUCUUGAACACUAACAAUUAUUUACAAAUAUUGAAAUCAGGGUAAUAUGUUUGUGGUUUAAAUUUUAUGUAAUAGACAUCACGGUUGCCAUAUUGUUAUAGUUCACUUUCCAAACAAAGCUUGUGAGGUGGUGUGUGUUCUUUAAAGUUAUUUAAAAAAUGUUUGAUUAAUAUUAUUUUUUUGCAAAAUUUAAAAAUAAUACGAAAAAAUCAUAAAUCACUAAAUGUAUACAAUCCUCAAAACAGUUAAAACUUUGUUUGUAAAGUGAUCCCUAACAAUGGCGGUGUAUGACGUCAACACUUUUGUAGUGUAUUAUUUUCAACGAAUCUCUUAUCAAUUAAAAAAUAUACAAACUUCUCAAUAAAUAUACAGGUUGUUCCUAACAACUAUAUUCUACAUCAUUUUUAUUUCGAAACUAUUGGCAACGUUGUAGUAAUUAUUGUAGCUGAUACGAUAGAUGACGCUGAUUAUGGGUCAUUUCGAAGUCGUUAUUUGAAACGUGGCCAUAUUGUUUUUGUGAACAAGAUUUUAUAAAUAACGCAAUAUUUGUCCCCCAAGUUAAUAUGACGGCUGGUUGUAACGUCAUUCCAAAAUGGCUCAUAAAGUUCAUAAUUUUUUGCAUUCAAUUUUUCUAGUAAAUAGUUUUGGCACACAUAGACAACGACAGUUUACAGAUGAUAAAUGAUAUAUUUGACAUCACAGCACACGCACUAUAAAUGGAGGAAACGACAGUUGACAGGUGCAAUCAAAGACGACACAACACACGAUUGUUGACAGAUGGCAGACAUAAUCAUAGACAACACACAGAACAGUUUGUAAAAAUGACAUAUAUCUGAAGAAAUGACAGUUUAUAGAUAAUGAUCAUGACGGAUGACGUCUCCCCACUUCUUAUGACGCACUUCCGUUCCAAAAACGACAAACCUAAUCUACUCUUAUCACCGAUGAUUGAGAAUGUUUAAUCACUUUAAAUAAUUGUACAUCGAAAAAAUUACCAAUCGCAUCAUUACCGUCAUCUAUGAGAAGAUAUAAAAACAAAUUUACACGAUAUGUUGGAUACUACAAUGUUGCCAGUAAUGUAAAAAUUCAGUGUUUCUACGUACGUUUUUUACCGAGCAAACUCAAAUUAUUUUUCGACUUCCCAUGUAACAUUCCUUAUAAGAAACACCAACUAUAACAGAUGACUUUGACACAUCUAUAAUUAUUUUCGAAACAACUCUAUUUUUAUUAGGACAACCGGUAUAAAACCCACUCUGUAUACUUUUAUUAGGACAACCGGUAUAUUGAUCAAAUCAGAAUAUUUAUUGGGAUAAUUGAGGCCGAUGUUAAUAUAUUUGUUUCUAUUAGAAAAUAUUUUGUUUCAUUAAAAGUACAAAAAAAUAAUUUUAAUCUAUUUGCAAAAUGUCAACAAUCAAAAAAAAAUGUUAAAUAUUAAAAACGAUACUAUUAUAAUAAAUAUAUAUAUAAUGGUGUAUUUAAGAGAAAUUCUAUUAAAAAUAUAUAAAUACUAAUAAA